CGGGAGAGGAGACAAGGCAGAGCAAAGCCGAGAAGAAAGAGAGAAUCUGGUCUAAAAAGGAAGGAUAGAGGCAGGCUGGCGCGGAAAAGAGCCGGUCGCCGACGAUCGCCCGCGCCCCGCUACUAUAUACAGCCGCUGGCCGAGACGACAGAUGCACAGAAAAGAGUACCUAAAUGCAGCGAAAAAGGGGGCGAGAAGGACGAAACCAAGUGAACGGGGUCAAUUCCGCUCCAAGAGAACGAAAGAGAGGCAAAGAUCCUCUUCGCCGAAACAAAACGACGACAAAGUCGGGAGAGUCACGCAGAGUUGCAUGACCCCGAGUCCCAGACAAGCGCAAGCUCGACCUGAAAAGUGCACGUUUUUCUGGAGAAAACAACCAGUACAAACCCCUUACCAACUUCAGCACCAACACAAAGAAACAAAUGACGUCGGGAAUAAAAAAUUCCGUCUCAACCGACCAGCUAAACACCUGAUGUUUGCACAAAUUCUCCGGCACCGCGAAAGGAGCAUCGAGGUCCGGCCAGACAAGCGGAGCAGUCGAUGGCGCCUUUUCCCUGGAAGGCUGGCAGGGAAAAUCGGUUUUCCACCCUUGUUCCCAGUGAGAAGGUCUUUCGGUGUUUCAUUUUCAAAUGAAUAACCUAGAAAGGCACGCAUGUCUUUUUUUCUGAGGCUGCGGUCACGCCGAACACCUCGCGUGACCAGCAAGCCGAGUCCAGCUCCUCCGUGCUAGCACUCGGGAAAUUCCUGUUUUCUGUGAAGUGUUGGUAGCGAGCGACGAGCUCCACGGAAAGAAAAAAGCGUCUCCACCCUUCCUGUGAAGGAACUUUUAGAACGAGGGGAAACGAAGAAAAGCAUGUGGACCUGAAACGAGAAAUUCCUUCGCGUGUACUGCUUGUUUUGGAU